AUGGGUGUGACUAGAAGACUCUCACUUGUGUUGGCAGUUUGUGUCUUUAUUGCUGUGCAUGUGCAAGUUUUGAUCAACGCAGACUCCGUUAGCGUCAACGCUGCAAAGUUAAAUCAGAAGUUUUUCUCGAUGUUCACUGAAACGAACAGUAGGAUUGUUGCCCCUGUCGGACUUUUAGACGUCAAAGAUCUAAAAGACAGGCCUGACAUCGUGCAAUGGCCAGGAUCUCGUACUAGCAAGAUCGAUCUUCUUUUUGUCAUGGACAAUUCCGGCAGCAUCGGCAGUACUAACUUCGUUAAGCAAAAGACCUUUGUCAGUCUGAUGAUCGACCACGCCUUAACAGUCACGUGCACCAAAUCGGUCCGAAUCGCAAUUAUCAGUUUUGCUACGUCGUCUGAGAUUACGGUCGAGUUUGAUUUCAAUGAUUACUCGGGAUCGGCGACUCCUCGCGUUGAUCUGAAGAAUGCAGUCAAUCGUAUUGUCUACGUCCACGGCGGAGCAACCAAUACUGCCGGUGCUCUAGACAAAGCGCAUUCGCUAUUCAAUGACGCGUCCAGAGGAGCGAGAUCGGAUGCGACCAGACUUGUUUUCGUGCUUACAGACGGAAAAUCGAAUCAAGGUGGAGCUCCCGGCCCCAAGGCAGACGUUCUACGAAACACAGACGGUGCUACGGUUAUGGCAAUGGGCGUCGCUAAUUUUGGUUCCACGAGCAGUCAGAACGAGUUGAAUGCCAUUGCUUCAGAUCCCGACGUCGAUCACAAGUAUGUAGUAAAUGACUUCAACGACAUGGACGACAUUGCUGCUGAGUUUGGUGCAAAACGUAGGUGUAAUGUGAUUGACUUGGCAACUCAUCGACCGGAAGACUGGAACUCUAUCGUGACCGGAUUCAAAACCAUUAAGCAAAAUGGUGUCAUCAACGACCUCGCAGCACUUCACAAUCAAAUUUUUCCAUCAAUAUCGGCCCAUCGUGACGCCGGUUUCUUCCCCUGGCAUCGUUCUUUCCUCAGUAUGUUGGAGCACGCUUUACAAAUCGCUCAAAACGACGUCUCACUUCGUCUCCCAUACUGGGAUUGGUCAGGAGAACAUGUUGCCACGUCGACCAUCUGGGCUCAUUUGGGCAGCGGUUCUCUCAACGACGGAGCAGGCCCCAACAAUUGUGUCAAUAGCGGACACUUUAGUCAAGCGUUGUGGCAUCCCGAUCCAUCCGAAUGUAUCGUACGGAAUGUCUUCAAUCCCGUGCCCGGAACGCAACAGGCAUCACAAGCACAACUGAACAAUGACCGCACGAGCAAUCCAAUCUACGACAACUUUCGUCGAAAGACCGAGGCAGGUGGAGCCCGACACAACACUUUACACGGUCGAUUUGGAGUUUGGUCCGACAUGAAUUCGGGUAGCUCACCACGUGAUCCUCUUUUCUAUUUGCAUCACUGUUUUAUUGACAAACUGUGGCACGAUUGGCAAGAAUUGUAUGGGGACGAUGAAAGUAACUAUCCAUCCGACGGUACUCCUGGUGUAGUCUACACACUUAAUAGUGUAAUGAAUUUCUUAACUGCUGCUUAUCCGGGAGGAACAGACCUGUUAAAGAAGUCAGCAUGGAGACGACCAAAGAAUGUUCUCAAGGUUAUAGACUUGGGUUACACGUAUGAUCAAUCUAGUGGGCAAACGCUUGGACGCAAGAAGAGAAAAGCUGACAAGCCAGCCCUUACCUUAAAAGAAUCCAUUGAACGUGAACGUCCAAUAGUCCCUGAACCCAAGCCGGUCGACCCUGAACUCAAACCGUUCGACCUUGCAGAAAUGGAAAAACUCAAUGCAGAUAAACUCCCAUCAAUCCCUAGGCGUACUGUCUCUACAAUUGAACAAAUAAUUGCAAGUAAUCGUCCAAACGCCCCUGCGCCCGAUCUGUCCGUCUCCACACUCAGAACAAUGAUUGCCAGGAAACGUCCAACGCGCCAACAGGUUGCUCAAUGGGAUUUCGAUACUCAGUGUUGGUUUAAAAGCGAUUUGCUUACACCAAGCCAACAAGCUCUGUGUAUUGAUCGAGGAUUAAUGGUAAGUGCACGUGUCCUUGCCUUACCUUGCAUGCACUAAAAUCUCUUUCCUUUCCAUGUACUUUUCUUUUCUCCGUUCACUUCAAUUCUUCAGCCUGGUAUUCGUCUUGUAAACGGUCCAAAUCAAUAUGAAGGUCGAGUAGAAAUCUUGGUUGGUGGCCACUACCACGCAGUCUGUUCAGAUGGUUGGAAUAAUGUUGACGCCAACAUUGUGUGUGGCCAACUGGGAUAUUCCACCGGGCAAGCAACUUCAGGAACCCGAUGGGGCUACAGCAAGAAACCGUACGUUAUCAGCCGAGUAGGAUGCGCAGGCAAUGAAAAAUACAUUCAAGAUUGUCCUCGGUACAACAUAGGAACAACCUACCAAGGUGGAUAUUGUCCCAUUUUUAGAUAUGCUGGAGUCAAGUGCAAUCCAGGUGUUCGGUUUACUAGAAAUGGUUCACCAACUACCAGCCCCAAUGGCUACUUACAAGUGUAUGACAGUUCAACUAAACGAUGGGGUCCCGUUUGUGGUGGUUCUGCCUGGGGCAACAGACAGCGAACAGAUGCCUGCCAACAAGCUGGGUUUGGCCCUACAUAUCCUGUUAAAGGAACG